UUUACACCAGGUUUAUGUUUAUUUAACAACCGGAUUUCCUGUCUUCAGAUUAUUUCCGCUUCAGUCUCCGGUGCGGUCGCUGCGUUGGUCGCCGCUAGGGGGCGCGGCAGCAGGAUCUGGAUCAAUGUUUUUAUCGCUAGUUCGUCGCUAACUGUGCGUGUGAACGUGCACGGAAGUGUCAUGUGAGGAACAUGUUCAAGAACGUGUUCGCUUCCGGGUUCGUGGUGAGAACAGCUCACGUGAUUCUGACCUGGGUCGUAACGUUGAUUCUCUUCCUGCACGACACAGAGCUGAGGAGGCAGGAGGAGACGGGUCAGCUGGUCCAGCCCGUCCUCUUCGUCCUGCUGGUCCUCGGGUCGGUGCUGCUCUACUUCGCCGUCUCCCUGAUGGACCCGGGCUUCAUCCUGUCCGACCACUCGGGUCCUCAGUUCACGUUGGGCGAGGAGCAGCAGGACAUGAUCCCCCCCCCCACCAAGUCCCUGAGGCAGCGCCGCUGUGGUCACUGUCUGCUGCAGCAGCCAAUGAGAUCGAAGCACUGCCAGACGUGUCAGCACUGCGUGCGGCGCUACGACCAUCACUGCCCGUGGAUCGAGAACUGCGUCGGCGAGAGGAACCACCGCUGGUUCGUCCUCUACCUGCUGGUGCAGCUGCUGGUGCUGCUGUGGGGUCUGCACCUCGCCUGGACGGGGAUUGGCUCCGCCCCCAGCUGGCGGCUGUGGCUGCGGACCAACGGCGUGCUGCUGGCCGUGGUCGUGCUGCUGGCGCUGCUGUCGCUGGUCGUGCUGCUGCUGCUCGGCUCGCACCUCUACCUGGUCUCCCUCAACACGACCACCUGGGAGUUCAUGUCACGCCACCGCAUCUCCUACCUCAAGCACUGCGGCGCCGACGAGAACCCGUUUGACCGCGGCAGCGUUCAGAACCUGUGGGGCUUCUUCUGCGUGUGGGGCAGCGUGGUGUGGGAGCAGGUCUACUUCAGGGAGGCCAGCGACCGGGUGUAGGACCCGACGGAGACGUGAAGAACCACGUCACCGACCCAACUUCCCACACGUCAGGAACUUCUCCUCCUCAUGAUUCCACACGUCAGGAACUUCUCCUCCUCAUGAUUCCACACGUCAGGAAC